AUGUUAAUUUUAUUUUAUAAUAAUAAUAAACAUAUAAAUAUAAUUUAUAAUAAUUUAAAAUUCAUAAAUAAUUCAUUAAUUUCACAAUUAUUAAUAAAUGAUUUAAUAAAUGAUGAACUAUUAACAAUUAAUAAUAAAAUAUCAUUUCAAUCAUUAAUUGAUUUAAUUUUAAAAUAUGGUACAUUUGAAACAAUUUCAAAAUUUUUUAAAAAUCAUAAUAAAAAUAAUAAAAAUAAUAAAAAUAAAAAUAAAAAAUUUAAUUUUACAUUUUUAAAAUUAAAUGAAAAGUCAAUUAAUUUUGCACUUUCAUCAACAUCAAAUAAUAAAUUAAUUAAAAAGACAUUUUUAAAAUUAAUUUCAAAUUUAAUUUAUCAAAAUAAUAAUUAUAAUAAUAAUGGAAAUAAAAAUGAAAAUUGGGAAAAACAAUUAAUUAAUUUAUUUGGUAUAAUUUUUUAUUUAAUUGAAAUUGAAAAAUUAAAUUUCGAAGGUAUUGAAAUUUUUAAAAUUAUAAAUAAAGAAAUUAAAUCAAUUUUUUCAUUAUAUGGGUAUAAAAAUUAUUUUAAAUUUUUAAAUGAAUUUAAUAAUAUUAAUAUAAAAGAAAAUGAAAAAUCAAUAACUUUAAUUAAAAUUGAAGGAAUUAAAAAUAAAAUUAUUAAAAUUAUAAAAUCAAUAUUUUUUAAAAGAAUUAUAAUUGAUUACAAGAAAUUAUUAUUGGUUGAUAAAUAUUAUUGGAUUGAAAAAUCAAUUAAAUAUUCAAUUGAAUUUAAUGAUUAUAAAAGUUUAGAAAGAUUUGGUAGUGAUGGUAAAAUAUUGAAUAUUUUAAUUGAACAUGCUUAUCUUAAUGUUGAUAUUAAUUUAUUUAUAAUUGCAUGUUCAAGUUCAUUUCACCCAUUCAUUUCAACAAAGUGUCAAUUCAAUCCAAAGGUUUCUAUUGAAUUAUUAAAGAAAUUCGAUACUGGUACAAAUGAAGAUUUAAUUAAAAUAAUUGAAUUUUUAGAAACAAUUAUUCAAUUAUUUAAAUGUGAUGGUUCAUUUAAUGAUAAUCAACAAACAUUUUAUUUUGAAGAUGAAGAACAAUCAUUUAUUGAUAGAAACAUAUCAGUAAUUGAAUUAAUUUUAAAAUAUAUCUACACAUAUGGUAAAACAAGAUUAACAAAUGUAAUACUUAAUCAAUUACUAGACUUAAUUAAUUCAAUUGGAUUUAAAAUUAAUGCAAAUAUUUUAAUUGGUAAUUCAAUUUUAUUUACAAGUUAUCAUGCUUUAAAUAAUUUAUUCCAAUAUAAUGAUAUUAAUAUUUGUCAAAAUACAACUUUGGCUAUAUUGAAACAAUUGAAAAUGUUGAAACCUCAAGAACUCCAAAACUCUUAA